AUGUCUGAUUUCUAUACUCGCAAAGCUUUCAGAUCGAUUAUCGUGUGUCCAGCCCCCGAGGAUUUCUUUCCUUUCGAACUACCCCGUCCGACCACCGAACAACAUUUUAUCUCCAUUGAUGAGAAGUCCCGUACUGAGAGAACCACUUCCGAUUCUACCGAAAUGAAAUUCAUCACUAGGUUUGGCAAACCGAUCAUCUCCGCCACUGAGAUGCGUUGCAACACUCCCGUCGUUCAUAAACGAUCUUCCAUCGAAUCAAGAAUGGCUGCCGAUAGCGGAAAGCUCCCCGUCAUCGUCGAAGAAGAGACCGACGAACAAGCCAUCGAGGACAACAAGGCCCAUCUCGGAGACAUGGCUCCUACUGAAGGAGAAGCCACCAACACCAGCGAACAAGACAUCAGCGACGACAAGGUCCACAGAAACAGCAUGACGGCUUCUGCCAAUAAAGAACUCGUCAUCACCAUCGACGAUCCCCCUGCCGUGCCUGAGAAGGCCCACAGUCGGAUUCCUGUUCCUCCUGGGGAGAAUGUUCCGAAAGUGAGGAAUCUCUCCAGUUUAUUCAAGGUGAAAAUCUAUCCAGUCAUGAUGAGGGCCAUGACCGAAAGGAGUAAGGCAACCGGGGUGAAGGGAAGGCUGAUUGAAAGGGGAAAGGCAUCCAAUAAGGAAGUGCUGCUCUGGAUAGCGGUCGCGAUGUUCUGGAUGAUGAUGCACUUUGGGACAUGGAGGUCUUGCAAGGCUCAUUAA